AUGAUGUUAUGUAUGUUCUUCUUCUUUUCUAUCUAUCUCUAUGCAGUAACCAUCGCCUCAUGUUCCGUAGACUUCUCUUCACUCCAGUCCUCAUCGGCGCUACUAACGGCUACAUCGUCCGCCGAGGAUGGGUCCGCAUCAGGGUCGUCCGGUGUUGCCGCGACCACCAGGUGUGGUGAGGUAGUACGACAUCUGCUGCGGUGUUCGGGCCGAUCGAACUGGUCGCUGUAA